UACAGCUGGAAGUCCCAUCCUCCCAGUAACUGCCCCCAGUUCACUGCUGUUUGUACUUUUGGGGGCCUGAGUCUGUGACGGUGACCUUGGUUCUUGGGCUGCAAAAGGAUUGUUUUGUCUGACUGAACUAUGAGGAGAACUCGCUAACACUCUGUGAAGUUCAGAGUUACAUCCUGAUGCAGCAGAGAAUCUGAAAAUUACAAAAGCUGAAACUUGAGGUGUCAGGAGCUCCGGUCCCAGUGGCAUCAGCCCAAAAGUGGUGGUUGUGUCACCCAGGAACAGAAGAGGAAAGUGGUUGAGGCCACAGGCUGGAGGCAGUGUCAGGCUCUGAGAGAGCAGGUGGGGAGCUGCAGGGUGUCCAUGCUGCUGGGAUGAUGCUCCUUUUUGUGGUGCUGUCACUCACCUGGGACGUGCCCUCGGAGCUCUCUGGCCAGCCCAGCUGCACCCUGGCCCUAGGAUUGCUCUGAGGGAGCAGCAAAGCCCCAGAGGCCACUCCCUGCUUCUCCCCGGGCUCCUGUGGUCACCUCCAGGGAGAGGCUUCCCCCACACCCACUGUGAAAACCACACACGGACUUGUGUCUGACCACAGGCUCUGUUUGUUUCUGCCUCCCCAGCCACUCUCCGUGCCCCACAGGAGCAGGAUUCCUCCCAGAGAUGAUGCAGAAGACGAGUGGAUGUUCCCAGAACAAGUCGAGCAGCACAGGGAGUGACCCUGCUGCAGGUGAACACAGAGAGAUGGGUGGGGGCGGGAGUAACUUCAUCGCUGGAGUCUUCAUCCAGGCCAAGAACAAGAAGUUGAGCAUCUACGAAGCCAUGAUGAGGGGGCUGCUGACCCCGGGCACGGCGCUGGUGCUGCUGGAGGCACAGGCGGCUUCGGGGCUGCUCACGGACCCCGUGAGGAACGAGCAGCUCUCGGUGAAAGAGGCGCUGGCUCAGGGACUCAUCGGCCGGGACUUCUACGAGAAGCUGCUCUCAGCAGAGGGAGCAGUGACAGGGUACACAGAGCCCUACACAGGACACAGGAUCUCCCUGUUCCAGGCCAUGAAGCAGGAAUUCAUCGUCAGGGACCACGCCAUCCGCCUGCUGGAGGCCCAGAUGGCCACGGGCGGCAUCAUCGACCCCAUGCACGGCCACCGUGUCCCCGUGGAGGUGGCCUACAAGCGUGGCUACUUCAACCAGGAGAUGAGCCAGUUCCUUUCUAACCCCGAGAAUCAAACAAGAACUUGCUUCGACCCCAACACCCACGAGAACCUGACGUACCUGCAGCUGCUGCGCCGCUGCGUGCCCGACCCGGACACGGGGCUGCUGAUGCUGCAGCUGAUGGACAAGGGCUCCGUGCUCUACCAGCUGACCGAGGAUGCCCGCAAAGCCCUGCAGGCCGCGCGCACCACGCUGGCUGUGGGGCUCUUCCAGGGCCAGAGCGUCACCCUCUGGGAGCUCCUCUUCUCCCGCUACGUCCCCGACCACCAGAGAGAGGAGCUGCUGAGGAAAUACAAGGCGGGGACAGUGACCAUCCUGCAGAUGAUGACCAUCCUCACCGCCACCAUCACCGGGGCAGAAAGGGAGAACGGGGCUCUGGGCUCAGCCAAAGCCAACGAGAAGGUGAGGGCGUCACCCCCAGCUCAGGACACGCAGGCCCAGGAGCAACAGCUGAGAAAGUCCUUGAAGUCCGCAACCGUCCGUGUCACUGCUGGGGAGUUCCGCGGGCAGAACGUCUCCGUGCUGGACCUGCUCUUUUCCAGAUACGUCCCUCAGGGGAAGCGGCAGGAGCUGCUGGAGCUGUACAGGGCAGGGAUACUGACCACGGAGCAGGUGGCCACUGUGGUCACCACCAUCGUGGACCGAACAGAAGCUGCAAACGCCGCGCUCGUGGCAAAUGCCAGGAGCCCACACAGGGCAGCAGCAGCGGAGGAUGGAGAGGAUUGUUCAGCACUCCUGGAUGAUGCCUUGAAGUCCACCACCAUCAAUGUGCUGGCUGGGGAGCUGCAGGGAAAGCAGGUGUCCCUGUGGGACCUGCUCUUCUCCGACUGCAUCCCCGAGGAGAAGAGGCAGGAGCUGCUGGAGCUGUACCAUGAACGGUUAUUAACUCUGGAGCAGAUGACAACUGUUGUCACCACUCUCAUUAGGAAAAAAGAAUCUGCAGGCAGGAAAUUCCACAUUACAGUCAAGGGUUCCAACAAGGACCCUGUGACAGCAGCAGGAGGAGGAGAGGGUGACGACACCCCCAGAGAAGAGCCAUGGGAAACAACCUUGAAAACCACAAUGGUUGACAUCGAGGCUGGGGAGUUUCGGGGCCACAGGGUCUCACUGUGGGACCUGCUCCACUCCCAGUACAUCCCCGAGGAGAACAGGAAGGAGGUCCUGGAGCUCUACGAGGCAGGGGAGCUGAGCCUGGAGCAGGUGAAGACCAUUGCCACCACCAUUGUGACCAGAGCAGCAGCAGCGAGGGCAGAGCCAGAGGCACCUGUGAAUGGCCCCAGGGCAGAGCCAGUGGCCACCGAGGCUGAACCCACCCCCCUGCACGGGGACAGGGCCUGGGAGGAGACCCUGAAGGCCACCACAGCCGAGGUGUCCGUGGGGGAGUUCCAGGGCAGGCAGACCUCCCUGUGGGACCUGCUCUUCUCCCACUACAUCCCUGAGGAGAAGAGGCAGGAGCUGCUGGAGCUGUACCGUGGGGGGACAUUGGCCUUGGAGCAGAUGACAACUGCUGUCACCACUCUCAUUAGGAAAAAAGAAUCUGCAGGCAGGAAAUUCCACAUUACAGUCAAGGGUUCCAACAAGGACCCUGUGACAGCAGCAGGAGGAGAGGGUGACAACACCCCCAGAGAAGAGCCAUGGGAAACAACCUUGAAAACCACAAUGGUUGACAUCGAGGCUGGGGAGUUUCGGGGCCACAGGGUCUCGCUGUGGGACCUGCUCCACUCCCGGUACAUCCCCGAGGAGAACAGGAAGGAGGUCCUGGAGCUCUACGAGGCAGGGGAAUUGAGCCUGGAGCAGGUGAAGACCAUUGCCACCACCAUUGUGACCAGAGCAGCAGCAGCGAGGGCAGAGCCAGAGGCACCUGUGAAUGGCCCCAGGGCAGAGCCAGUGGCCACCGAGGCUGAACCCACCCCCUUGCACGGGGACAGGGCCUGGGAGGAGACCCUGAAGGCCACCACAGCCGAGGUGUCCGUGGGGGAGUUCCAGGGCAGGCAGACCUCCCUGUGGGACCUGCUCUUCUCCCACUACAUCCCCGAGGAGAAGAGGCAGGAGCUGCUGGAGCUGUACCGUGGGGGGACACUGCCCAUCCAGGAGCUGCUGAGCACCACCAGCAGCCUCGCCAGUGACAGCCUCGAGAAGCACUUCAGGGCCCUUCCAGCACACACCAUGGAUCUUCUGCGCUCGGAGGGCUCCUACAUCACGUUUGACCCGUCCCAGGAGCGCAGGGUGUCGGUGUGGGAGCUCCUGUCCUCCAAGCAGGUCUCCGAGUACAGGCGGGAGGCGUGUCUCGACACCUACCCCUCGGGAGGGCUGACGGUGAACAGGAUCACCAUCACCACCACCAUCACCACCGGCCCCCGGCUCGACAAGAGCCACCCCCAGCACCACUAACGCCGACCCCGGCAGAGGAGGGUCCUGGGCACCUGUGAGACUUUGCUCUUCGCGUCCCUCCGUGUGUCACAGCGGUGACAAAGCCAUGUGUGGAGGGGGUGGGCGCUUGGUUAAACUCCUGCUGGCUCAA